GUUAUGAAAGCAAGACCAUUAGCAUCAAUCAUUGCGUCCUGGACACCUCCUAGAGCUGAUCUGCAGAAGGUCAAUUUUUGUGGGGAUGUGGUUGUGGAAGGUCAGUUUGUGCGAGUUGGAGUUGCUAUUAGGGGCAACAAUGGGGUUUUCGUGGCGGGGAUGGACAAAAAGUGUGAGUCCAGUGAGAUGGGAAUGGGCGUGGAAGCCAUUGCUAAUGAAGGAAGCCUUGCGGUUUGCUCGAGUUCAAGGAUUGUGGUCGGUCGUCUUGGCAUGUAA